AUGAAGCGCAGGAUUACCUUCUUUCAGCGCCCGGAGGCGCCCUUUGAGGCCAACCAGGCUGUUUUGACCUCCAAGUCCCUCGCGAUCCGCGGCUUGGACGCCGCCCGCGAGGACCGCGUUACGUUCGGCCUUGACGACCUUCCCCAGGAGCUCCGCGACGUCCUCCAACAGUCUCACGAACUCCGCCUUCGGUGGACAACCGAACGGUCCUACGAUGCCGUGACGCCCUUGGCCAGCCGAGUGUCGCCCGGCUUGCAUGUACACUAUACCCCUCUAGCGGCUGAGCAGACUUCAGAGGCGCUGUGCUCGUUGCUCCGCACGGUGUUUGGAGCAGGUGUGGACUGCACGAAGCCUGAGGACACCUUCAUCACGCCCCCGCUCCUAUCCACCAGAUUCGCCGCGUCGGCCUCCCUGCAGUUCUACGCACAGCUCCCCUCCCUACAACCUCUUGUCGAAUUUAUCCAGAGCUCUGCUUGCAGCCAGCGCAAGGUCGGCGGUGCCGAAUGCAAUAAACAUGCUAGCUCGCUGCUUACUGCCGAGACGGUCGACAUCGACUAUGAUAGCAUCUCGCACGCCCUGACGGUGUCGACUCUCUGGGCUAGUGCGCCUAAUGGAGGAUGGACAGAAGAUAUUCAGAAACCUGCAUCUGGUGCGGAUCAGGUUGAGUUUGGGCUUCUGGGUGCCGAACCAGGCAUCGAGCCGCAAGAGAUCAAGAUGGGCGGGCUGUUGGCUGUUGUUGGACAGGACAAGAAAAUGAAACCCACCAUGUUCUCCUUUCCCUCGCGGCACCACCCACUCCCCAACGAUGCAGGAUACGUCGUCUCUUUUUCCACUCCAACGGGUCUUCACCCGACAAUGUCCAUCUCCAUUACCCCGUCUGGUGUACAACGACCCCCAGCACCGAGCGAUGCAACCUGCGCAUUACACACAUACCUCACGCUCCCGUCCGCCGUCUUCGGGGACCAGUAUCAGCUUGGAACAAGCGACCCGCUCUUCCUGGAAUCACACAAUCUCGCUGCACUGCGAGCUGUCGCGGGAGAAACCGACCUUGAAGCUCCAGACUGGGCUGUUCAACGCUGGGGCUCGAACUGGCUUUUCGAACUGACUACCCCAUCCACGGACUCGCUCCAGUCUAACUGGACGGCUACUAUCCCCCUGCAUCUGCGGUACCUCGCUCCCUCUGAAUCGGGGUAUCAGACCGCGGAUGUGCCCUGGCCGGUCGUUUUCUGGGCCUGCACUGCAGAGGAUGGAACCAAGAUGGGCGUUAACCCAUUCGACCGCACGAACCUAGGCUGGGACGGCUUGUUUGGCCCGCGUACCAUGUUCUAUCAGCUUCAUCCCAAGGGUGAGCAUCUUGUCGAGUCGGUGGAUGUACCGGUUCUCAAGCUCACGGGCGAGGGCUUGUUCAAGGCGAAGAACAUUGAGCUGGGGACUUGCAUUGCCAUUUUGCUCGGCUUCCUUUGGGUGUUGUGGCGCCUUGUUCGCGUGUCUUGGUCGGCUAGUGUUAGCGCCGAGAGUAGGCCUGCACGGUCUGCAGACGGACAUGUCAAGAAGGAGUAA